GCUCCUGGGAGCGGCCGGCCUGGGCCAAUCAGGAAGCGCGGGUGAGCGGCGCGAGAAGCAGCGGCCGCGUUUUCUAACUCGGGCCUGGGUGGUGUACACGGCUGUAUUGCUCGGACCCGAGCCUCCGAUGGACACUGAGGGGUUUGGCGAGCUCCUGCAGCAGGCCGAGCAGCUCGCCGCCGAGACCGAGGGCGUCUCGGAGCUUCCCCAUGUGGAGCGGAACCUGCAGGAGAUCCAGCAGGCGGGCGAGCGCCUGCGAUCCCGCACCCUCACGCGCACGUCCCAGGAGACAGCAGAUGUCAAGGCGUCGGUUCUCCUUGGGUCUCGGGGACUCGACAUCUCCCACAUCUCCCAGCGCUUGGAGAGCCUGAGCGCGGCCACCACCUUCGAGCCCCUGGAGCCCGUGAAGGACACGGACAUUCAGGGCUUCCUGAAGAACGAGAAGGACAAUGCCUUGCUGUCUGCCAUCGAGGAGUCCCGGAAGCGGACCUUUGGCAUGGCCGAGGAGUACCACCGGGAGUCCAUGCUGGUCGAGUGGGAGCAGGUGAAGCAGCGCAUUCUGCACACGCUGCUGGCGUCGGGAGAGGAUGCCCUCGACUUUACUCAAGAAAGCGAGCCCAGCUACGUCAGUGACGGGGCGCCCCCCGGCCGCAGCUCUCUGGACAGCACGGAGAUGGCCUACGCCCGGCAGAUUUAUAUCUAUAACGAGAAGAUUGUGAGCGGGCACCUGCAGCCCAACCUCGUGGACCUCUGCGCUUCGGCCGCGGAGCUGGAUGAUAAGAACAUCUCGGACAUGUGGGCCAUGGUGAAGCAAAUGACCGACGUGCUGUUGGCACCGGCAACGGACGCCCUGAAGAGCCGCAGCAGCGUGGAAGUGCGCAUGGAGCUGGUCAGGCAGGCCCUGGGGUACCUGGAGCAGAGUUACAAGAAUUACACCCUCGUGACUGUCUUUGGAAAUCUGAAUCAGGCCCAGCUGGGUGGGGUGCCUGGGACUUACCAGUUGGUUCGAAGUUUCCUGAACAUUAAGCUUCCAGCUCCCUUGCCUGGACUGCAGGAUGGAGAGGUGGAAGGCCAUCCUGUGUGGGCACUAAUUUAUUACUGCAUGCGCUGCGGAGACCUGCUUGCCGCUUCCCAGGUGGUCAACCUAGCCCAGCACCAGCUGGGAGAGUUUAAAACCUGGUUCCAAGAAUACAUGAACAGCGAGGACAGAAGACUGUCCCCAGCUACAGAGAACAAGCUCCGGCUGCAUUACCGCAGGGCCCUCAGGAACAAUACGGACCCCUACAAGCGGGCCGUGUACUGUGUCAUCGGCAGAUGUGAUGUCACUGACAACCAGAGUGAAGUGGCUGACAAAACCGAGGACUACCUGUGGCUAAAGCUGAACCAGGUGUGUUUCGAUGACGACAGCACCAGCUCCCCACAGGACAGGCUCACUCUCUCACAGUUCCAGAAGCAGCUGUUGGAAGACUACGGCGAGUCCCACUUCACGGUGAACCAGCAGCCCUUCCUCUACUUCCAAGUGCUGUUCCUGACAGCGCAGUUCGAGGCGGCCGUCGCCUUCCUCUUCCGCGUGGAGCGGCUGCGCUGCCACGCCGUCCACGUGGCCCUGGUGCUCUUUGAGCUGAAGCUGCUCCUGAAAUCCUCCGGACAGAGCGCUCAGCUCCUCAGCCACGAGCCCGGCGACCCGCCCUGCAUGCGGCGGCUGAACUUCGUGCGGCUCCUCAUGCUCUACACCCGCAAGUUCGAGUCCACGGACCCGAGGGAGGCCCUCCAGUACUUCUACUUCCUCAGGGACGAGAAAGACAGUCAAGGAGAGAACAUGUUUUUGCGCUGCGUGAGCGAGCUGGUGAUAGAAAGUCGAGAGUUCGACAUGAUUCUUGGGAAACUGGAGAGUGAUGGGAGCAGGAAGCCUGGAGUCAUAGAUAAGUUUACCAGCGACACAAAGCCUAUUAUCAACAAAGUCGCUUCCGUGGCUGAAAACAAAGGGCUCUUCGAGGAAGCAGCAAAGCUUUACGAUCUCGCCAAGAACGCCGACAAGGUGCUGGAGCUGAUGAACAAACUGCUGAGCCCCGUCGUCCCCCAGAUCAGCGCCCCGCAGUCCAACAAGGAGAGGCUGAAGAACAUGGCCCUCUCCAUCGCCGAGCGGUACAGGGCCCAGGGCAUCAGUGCCAACAAGUGUGUGGACUCCACGUUCUACCUCCUGUUAGACCUGAUCACCUUUUUUGACGAGUACCACAGCGGCCACGUGGACAGAGCCUUCGACAUCAUUGACCGUUUAAAGCUGGUGCCCCUGAAUCAGGAAAGUGUGGAAGAGAGAGUGGCCGCCUUCAGGAAUUUCAGUGACGAAAUCAGGCACAACCUCUCAGAAGUGCUCCUUGCCACCAUGAACAUCCUGUUCACACAGUUUAAGAGGCUCAAGGGGACCAGUCCCUCCUCGGCGCCCAGGCCCCAGCGCGUCAUCGAGGACCGCGACUCUCAACUCCGAAGUCAAGCCCGCGCCCUGAUUACCUUUGCGGGGAUGAUCCCCUACCGGACGUCCGGGGACACCAACGCGAGGCUGGUGCAGAUGGAGGUCCUCAUGAAUUAAGGGCUCGGAGGGGCUCCCGGGACGGCUCGCUGCCAGUGGUCGGGCGCGGGGCCCACCGGGGCGGGGGUUCUGGUUCUGGUUCUGUUUCCAUUGUGUUGUGUUUCGUUUUGUUUUGUUUUUUUAUUAUGUAUUUUUGUCAGCACCAAUAAAUUUCUUUGAUUUGUAUUUCUUUA